AUGUAUCUCUCACGAGCCUCAGGCCGGAUGAGCCUCGCCCAAACCGCUAUCCUUCCACUCCGUACACGCAAUGCAGCCUUCGUUAGAACAGCAAGUGCUUCAACACUCCUCUCCGCACGACGCUCUAGCGUACUGUGCACUCGUACCGACAAGCAGCACCUCUCGCCAAGAGCAGCAACGACCAGCCUCGCAACCCUACGAUGGUCAUCAUCAGCAGCACUAGCUUCCACCUCACCCGAAGCGGCCAAAGUCGCCGAAGACGCCGAGAGCGAAACUGAAAACGAUCCUUUCCGCAAGAUCGGCUAUCUUUACUUUGACACCGUGUUCCCCAUUCGACUUGGCUUCUGGGACAUUCGCUACAUGCUUGCUUCGCUCGAGAAACGGUCCGUUCUCGACAGAGUCAAAGCCAGCUUGCCUCCCGAUCAGAGUGUUGGCUAUGGCUUCAAGGUUAUCGGUGCCGAAGAGAGGAUGAAGGACGGUGGUGCAUUCGUCACUUUUUCAUAUCGCGAGGAUCCGAACGAAAAGAGCGAAGAGUCGCUCAAUACGAUCGAAAUGCGUCUCAAGUCUGGCGUUCGUCGUGUCUUCAAUCCGCUUCUCUUCUUCCUCGGUACUCCAGGUGUGCAUGUCGUGCGUGGUAAGCCGUUUAGGGAGGAUAUGAACAUCUUCCCCGCCACACGCAUCUUUGUUAAGCUUGAAGGUGGGGAUGCCAGCGAAGAGCAGCUUUGGCAGACUUUGAGGCCCUACGGUCGCAUCGUUUCCAUUACCAAAGAAAAGCCUUCCGAGGCACUUGUCACUUUCUCGCGUAUCCGCGGUGCUACUAGUGCUCGUAACUGUGCACACGGGUUAGAACUGCCAAAUGGUGCCCGUUUCGUGAUCACGUUCAGGAGCAUGCUCCGCAGCAAACAAGCUUGGGACUGGUUCUCGAGUCAUCCUCGACUGGUCUUCCCGCUUGUAGCGUUCCUCAUCGGUGGUAUCUCAUACAUGGUUUUCGAUCCUGUACGAGAGUUUAUGGUCGAGAGCAAGGUGCACAAUACCUUUUCACUUGACGAGUAUCGCGUCUACACUUGGAUCAAGCAGAACACCGUCGGUUUGUUCCAGGACAGUACUGGUGAUGCAAAAGGAAGCGUCGAUGAUUGGUGGGAGCGUCGUCAAUCCGUCGAAACCAUCCAAGAAUGGAUCCGCGAAAAGCCUUCGACAUUUGUCACCAUCUCUGGACCCCGUGGAUCCGGUAAGAGCGGUCUCGUGAGCAAAGCCAUUACUCGCGAUGUUCAGCAUCUUGUCAUCGAUUGCGAUGCGAUUGCAAAGACAGCGAAGAACGACUCGCUGCUGAUUACGUCGUUGGCGAACGAAACGGGUUACUGGCCAGUGUUCAGCUGGUUGAGCAGCAUCAACAGUAUGAUUGAUCUCGCUGCUGUCGGUCUUAUUGGUUCCAAAGCUGGGUUUGCUACUCCCACAGAUGCCCAGCUGAAACAGAUCCUGGGUGUAGUCACAAAUGCACUCAACAGCAUCAAUGAGCAGACGCAAAAGCGGCUCGCCAAAGCCGAGAAAGCAAGGCUCGCUGAAGAGAAAAAGCUCGUCAAAAUAUCCGCUCCCACACCCACCCCUGGCUUGUCAGCCUCGACUGAGGUGAGGGACGAGAAACAGUCGCUCGAGGCUAAAGCUUCUACAUUGACACACAACGCAAUCGAUUCGAUUCAGCAUCUUGUAUCCGACCGCGAGUCGGAGAAGGAGGGGAAGAAGGGUAAGACGUUCGAUUCACCGGUGGUGGUGAUCAAGCAGUUCCAUCACAAGGGGAUCAAGCAGGCGAUCCUGCAUCCGGUGUUGGCGGAGUGGGCGGCUGAGUUGGUGACAAAUGGAAUCGCGCAUGUUAUCUUUGUAUCGGAUAAUCCGGUUGGGAUGGGUAAGGAAUUGGCGAAGGCGCUGCCGAAUGUUCCUUUCCAGGGUAUUGCAUUGGCUGAUGCAGAGGAGGACAAGGCGAGGAGUUAUGUGUAUAACAAGCUUAAGGAGAUGGGCCGUCUGCCCACACCCACUUCCUCCUCCACCAUAGGUGCCUCACAGCCACCCGUCUACGGUUCCACUGCCACCCAAAUUCAAAGCAGACCAGCUAGCUUCACCACCUCCAGCACCCCAAACCCUACCACCGCCACCGAACCCCAAUACGCUCCCACACUGGACAACAACACAGCCUCAUGGGUCGACAAACUCGGUGGCCGACUCACCGACCUCGAAACCCUUGUCCAAAAAGUCUCUUUGGGCCAAACUGUCGAGUCUGCAGUACAAGACAUCAUCUCACGCUCCGUCGUCGAACUCCGCAAAAACGCAUUCGGCGAUGACUCCUCGGAAGCCUCCUCUCUCCCCUGGACGCGCUCUCAAGCAUGGACCAUCGUUCAAAAGCUAGCCAAAUCUGGCGAAGUCUCGUACUAUGGUCUACUCCAUAACGAGUUCAAAGGAAACGAAGGAGCGAUUAAAGCCUUGGAACAGGCCGAGAUCAUCUCAGUGAGACAUCACGAUGGUAGACCAUCUGCAAUUCGUGCUGGUAGACCAGUGAUGCAGGAAGCGAUCAAGCUCCUUGUGUCUGAUAAGGUGUUUAACGACACGCAGACAUUGAUGGCGAAUGCAGGGGCGAUUGAAAGUGCGGAGAAGAGUCUGCAAGGGAUUGAAAAGGAGAUUGGGGAUAUUAGUGCGAUGAUUCAAGGUUCGCCUUUCAAGGUUGCGUCUGGAGCUGGGGCGACGAUGGGGGCUGUGCUGCCUGCGCCAGAGGAGAAAAAGGAGAACAACGGUGGACUGCUGGGCUUCUUGGGUGGUAGUGGGGGCAGUCACAGUGCGCCGGCGAUCAGUACGAGUGAGGCAGCGAAGGCAAGGACUGAGUUUUUGAUGUCAAAGAUGGCAGAAUUGCAGACCAAGAUCAGUAAGUUGGACGCACAGAAUACUGCUAUUAAGGCUAGGUUGGCUAGCCAUAUCGAUUGA